AUGUUGAAAGGCAAAACACUGAAAAUGGACAAACCUCCGUUGAGGAAGUACUAUGAUAAACUCCGGUUUGUGUUUCUGAUAUCCUUAACUUUUUGUUUCUCAUUGCUCCUCUUGGAUUAUUAUAUGGCUGUCAGUGAUCGUGGCAUCACCUUUUUACUUUUCCACAUGAAUGAUGCAAACCAUGCACAGAUUCCUAAACCCUCUUUUUUCAUUUUUAAUGAAACUGCUGAUUCUCCUGGAAAAAUAAAGUAUACGAAUCAAAAUAAUGUAUCAACUGGGGCCUCAAAUUUACCAAGUUGCAUUGUAGAGAAUCACUCAGAGAUCACAGUUCCUGCAGCACAAGGUGAAGUGCAUGAGAGAGACAUUAGUCCCCCUCAUUUGAAUAGAGACAAUGUUGGAGUUGUUGCAAAUCUUUCCUCAAGAAAUUUGGAUUCUUGUUCAGGCCAGUAUAUCUAUGUUCAUGAUCUUGCUAGCAGGUUCAAUGAGGAUUUGCUGAAGGGUUGUCACUCUCUCAUGAGGUGGUUUGAUAUGUGCCCGUACGUGUCCAACUUAGGCCUCGGACCUAAGGUUAUUGAGAAAUCAAAGGAGACGGUUCUGUUGAAGGAAAACUGGUAUGCCACUAACCAAUUUUCACUUGAAGUUAUUUUCCAUAACAUAAUGAAACACUACAAGUGCUUAACCAAAGAUUCCUCACUGGCUUCUGCUAUAUAUGUACCCUACUAUGCUGGCCUUGACGUGGGUCAGUACCUUUGGGGGGGCUUCAAUGUUUCAACAAGAGAUGCUUCACCAAAAGAACUAGUGAAAUGGCUGGCACAACAACCCGAAUGGAAAAGAAUGUGGGGUAGGGAUCAUUUCAUUGUUGGAGGGAGAAUUGGUUGGGACUUCAGGAGAGUAACAGAUAUGGAUGAUGAUUGGGGCACCAAACUAAUGCUUUUGCCAGAAGCAAGAAACAUGUCAAUUUUGCUAAUAGAAGCUGUUGAUUCAAAGGAAAAUGAGUUUCCUAUCCCAUAUCCAACUUACUUUCACCCCUCUAAGGAUAGGGAGAUUUUUCAGUGGCAGAAGAAAAUGAGAAAUGUGAAAAGGCCUUACUUGUUUUCAUUUGCAGGUGCUCCAAGGCCUGGUUCUAAUUCAUCAACCUCCAUCAGAAACGAGAUAAUCAAACAAUGUCAAUCCUCCAGGAGUUGCAAACUUCUAAAUUGUCAUGAUAGUCUUCAUCAUAACUACUGCAAUGAUCCUGUGCAUGUUACAAAGGUUUUUCAAAGCUCAGUUUUCUGUAUCCAGCCUCCAGGGGAUUCAUUCACUAGGAGAUCAACUUUUGACUCAAUACUGGCUGGUUGCAUUCCUGUUUUCUUUCAUCCAGAAUCAGCAUAUGACCAAUAUUUGUGGCAUUUUCCCAAAAAUGGUUCUAGCUACUCUGUAUACAUACCAGAAACAGAUGUCACACAGAAGAGGGUAAUAAUCAACAACACAUUGUCUAAAGUUCCAAAAAGUGAAGUUUUGGCUAUGCAAAAGGAGAUUAUAAGACUGAUUCCAAGAAUAAUAUAUCGUUAUCCAAGUUCUAGAUUAGAGACUGUUGAAGAUGCAUUUGAUGUAGCAGUUAAGGGAAUUAUUGGGAGAAUAGAAGCUAUAAAAAGGAACAUUACCACUGUCAAUGAUUCCAGUUCCUAG